AUGACUGAAGGGCCGUCCCCGUACUUGAGUACAUCAAUUGUUUUACCUCUCAUACUAAUUCUCCUAACUUUUGCUGUUAGUAAUGUGCCUCUUGGCCCUCUGGUUCUGAUAAUGAUCAUAUACUUCGCAAGUGUUUAUCUGCCUUCUUCUUUCCAAGCAUUUCAUGUCAAAGAUGAGGUGGCGGCUGAUCACGAGAGCGACGGAGCUGGACAUGGAUUGGGAUCUAUCCUGCUGCUUGUGAUCUUCCUCACACUAUGUGCCUUUUUCCAGAAAGGAGAAGGGUCUGAAUGGGGACCUCCAUUGCUAGCUGUGCUGCUAUUCAUACUCUACAAUUUCUUCCACUGA